AUGUCUUCGCAGAGCAAUCACUCGUCGUCGGGCUCGUCGAAGCGCUCGUCGCUGUCGUACAACGUGCAGAAACUAAACGAGGUGCUCGGCACGGCGCUCGACACGCGCGACCGCAACGCGUUCGUCGACACGCUCAACGAGUACCACAAGACGCGCGACGUCUACGACCUCGUGCAGGUGCUGCGCCGCAUACUCGACACGCCGACGAAGCGCCAGCUGCUGCUGCUGCUGCGUCAGCAGCAGCAGCAGCAGGCGGACGGUAAGGUGGCGAACGCGGCGCCGCAGACGUACAAGAACGUCAAGGAGGUGACGCUGCGGCAGUCGACUGACGCGAAGAGCGGACUCGGCUUCUCGAUACGCGGCGGUUGCGAGCACGGCCUCGGCAUCUACGUGUCGGCCGUCGACCGCGGCAGCGUCGCCGAGCGACACGGCCUGCAGCUCGGCGACCAAAUACUCGCGUCGAACGACGUCUCCUUUGAGAAGAUCUCGCACGACGAGGCGGCUGAGAUUCUGAAGACGAGCCGAAAGCUGAAGCUGCUCGUCAGCUCGGUGGGACGCGUGCCCGGAUCCUACGUCGCGCAUCACACCUACAUCUGGAAGGACGCGCACGGAAGCUGCGUCUCCCCGCCACCGGAAGUACAGGGACACGACGCAAAGACCCGGCGACGGACGGCCGAGCGACCGGGUCCGCUACUGAAGGACAGUGACGUCAGAAAGGUGAACGUAGUCGUCGACGAAGGUCGCGCUUUGGGUUUGAGCAUCCGAGGUGGCGCGGAGUACGGACUAGGCAUCUACAUCACGGGCAUCGAUCAAGGAUCGGUCGCCUACGACUGCGGCCUGAAGGUCGGCGAUCAGAUACUGGACAUUAACAACAGCAGCUUUCAGGACAUCACGCACGCCGAGGCGGCCAAGGUGCUCAAGUUCGCGCGCCACAUGAUCAUGACGGUGAAAGACGUCGGCAAGAUACCGCACGCGCGCUCCCUGUACGACGAGACGCAGUGGAUCAUGGGCCGAGAGAGCAGCGACUCGCAGUGCAGCAGCGUACAAAGUGGAGACAACUCAGGUACUAGGCAGGACUCCGACAGUCAGCAAUCAGAGCCUGCAAUAUGCAAACCCGGGGACGUGUCUGUCAAGCACCAUACCGUGGCGCCACCGUCGCGGCAGACCGUCGAAGACAGAGGACGCCAGCUGUUAAACGACACCGAACGCAAAACAAUGGGCUACUACUUGGACGAGUACGGAAAGACGAACGUGACAGUGGAUGCGUUAGUGCUUGCUUUGUUUGAGCUGUUCGACACCGAUGCCAAGUUUAUGCUUCUUCCUGAAGUACGUGGUCUGAUAAGUGCCAAAGACUUAGAGAAGUUCGAUUCGCUAGUCCUGAAAAAAGAGAUAAAGGCAGUCAAGGAAAUAACGCUGGAAGUUGGUUUGGCAUUUGGAGAAUUACAGUCAGACUCUAAUAAUUGCUCUUUACGUACUCUGGAGAUCUUACUCUACAUAUAUCAUGCUGAGAAACUUUGA